AUUAAUUCAUGUUAAAGUAGAAAUUAAAAAUUAAAAUUCAUUAUCCUGAAAUAUAAUGAGAUAGAAAUACCUUGAUUUUUGCAAAAGCAAAUCAAAUUUAACUUAUGUGAGCAAAUAAGGGUUGAAAUAGUUUUGGACUAUAGCAAAGAGAAUAGAAGUUUGUUGUAGACUACAAAAAUAAUGAC